AUGAGUGGUAUACAGAGGAGAGGGGUAGGAGAGGACCGAGAGAAUGGUGUGGGGGCACUUGGGGGGAUCGAGGAAGGGAGUGGGGUGGGGCGAGCGGCAGGAGGAGGAGGGAAGUUCUACUACGGGAGGAAGGGUGAGACACCCUGGAACCAGGACCUGUCCUGGAGGACAGCCAUCUCCUCCGAUGCGGCACUGCUGAGAGCAUCGAAGAGCAGGACAGCUGAAGCGAUGAAGCAGCAGAGGCAGCGGAGGAGAGAUGGGCUGGUGGUGGCUGGAAGGAGCAUGGAGGGUUUGGCAGCAUUUGUGAGUGGUGUGCUGAAGCGAGGAGGGUACGCGGUUGGGACGGUAGAGUACGUGAAGAACGGCCUGCGUAUAGCAGAAGAGGAGAGGGGAGGAGUGAACUCAGAUAGUGAGGAAGGGGAAGGGAAGGAAAGAGCAUCGAUAGAAGAAGAGGACAAGAGUGGAGGGGUAAGGCUGGACUAUAGGCAGCAACGAAUGGCGGAGCAGGCAGCAGCAAACAGCUCGUGCUUGGUCCUGGUGGUCACGGAGGAUCUGAGCCCGGAGACCGAUGAGAGUCUCCUACUAUUCUACUCGCUGGCGCUGGGGAAUCAGAAGCCGAUCCUGGUGGUGACGUUUUCCAGCUCGGUCCAGGUCAAGUUCUCAGCUGGGACCAUCUUCGGGGACAAGGUGCAUCAGUUGGAGUCGGAGCUGGCCGUGGUGGACCUGAGCAUGUGCGAAGUGAAAAGCAUGCUCAACUAUGCGCUGAGAGAGAUGUGCUCUAAGAAGAUACUGCUGGCCCUGGAGCGAAGGCUGAAGGUUUCUCCUGGUGGGCUGUACACAGGACAGUUCUCCUCACUUGGACAGCACCAGCUACAGGGCCAGGAGAGCGAUCCAGAGUCCUCCCGUCCUUCUACAGCAACCCUGAAGGGGAUGAGGACAAAGGAUUCUUUCCCGUCGCUGGUUCCCUCUCGCUCCUCGUCGCAGCCGCUGGAACCCUCCCGCUGGAUCUCCCCUGAGUCUGAGAAGCCACGAGGACAGAGCGAGCCUCAGGGAGUAGGAGCUGAGAAUCAAAACAACUCCCAGAAUGAUCAGCACCAGCACCAGCACCAGCAAACGAAGGGCAACAAGCAUCUCAGCCAUAUCCACCUGGUACCGACGACCCUGCACGAGUACGUGAAUCGCAACAGGUCGGAGGACCGAGUGUAUCCUUCAGUCUUGCAGGAAGGCUUCCUCCGGCAAGUUCCGAGGUCCACUCCCCUCCCUCCUCGCCCCUCCACCAGAGCCUCGAGCUCCACGCGCAGCCUCGAGCCGGUCAGACAUGACGAUCUUCCUCAGUCGAAGCUCAAGUUGGACCUGAGCAGCCUCGGGCUGGCGGGGGAUGCGAGGGGGGGGAGGAGGACGAAGGCUAGAAUGGAGUGAUAGGGGUGUUCAAAGGGAAUGACUAGAGGUCGGGGAACUCAACGAACGAGAUAGGACGGAGGAGGAGGAGGAAACAAGUCUCAUGACAUGCUUUCAUGCUUUCCGUGAGCUUUCAUUUAAUCUUCCUGUGCAAAACAAUCUACAUGAUGGAAGUACCAAUAUACACAACAAGAGCUG